UUGGGCUUUGGGAAGAGAAAAGCAAACUGGAGACUCAAAACCCAGCUGGAAUUUAAAUGCGUCCCACUCCUGAGUUUGUGUGACUGUGGAGCUGGGAUGCAGUGAAGAAGUGCAGAGAUCCAGAGAUCCAGAAUGGCGUUGGCGAUUGUUGGUGACGCUGUGGCUGCUGUUGGCGGCCUCCUUGCUGGGGUUUUGAACUACAUGACUGACAUAUUUUUGACAGCUCCCAUGAAAGCUACGCUCAAACAUCUGGAGGACACGGAGCUUAAAACCUUGACAGGAGAUAUCAAGACUUUCAAGGCGAAGUGUCUGUGGGAGAAAUCUGGAGCUGUCAUCAUGGCGGUGCGCCGUCCUGGAUGAUUUUUGUGCAGAGAGGAGGCUGCAGAGCUGUCCUCUCUGAAACCCCAGCUCGACCAGCUGGGGGUCCCCCUGUACGCUGUGGUGAAGGAGGAUGUUGGCACUGAGGUCCAAAACUUCAGACCAUACUUUAAGGGGGAGAUUUUCUUGGAUGAAAAGAGACGCUUUUAUGGGCCCCGUGAGAGGAAGAUGGGGCUCUUGGCGUUCCUGCGUCUCGGAGUGUGGUUUAACGGCCUGAGGGCCUUCAGGAAGGGCUUCCUGGGUAACGUCUUGGGAGAAGGAUUUGUUCUUGGAGGGGUUUUCGUUAUUGGUCGGGAUCAGCAAGGAAUCUUGCUAGAGCACAGAGAGAUGGAAUUUGGCGAUAAGGUCAACAUUUCAGAGGUCCUCCACGCUGCGAGAAGAGUUGCACGGGAACUUUAGAAGGAAAUGUGUUGUUAAAAAGAACAAAAUGUAUUCUUUUUUGGCAUUUGUGGUAUUGUGUUGGUGGUUUCUGGAAACCAGGGCGCAUUCUUGUAUUCCAGUUGACAGGAUCCUAUGUGUGUUCAUGAAAGGCUGUCUUUAAACUCACCGGAAGAAGCAGACUGGAUAUUUAACACUCUGGGUCUUGUUUUACUUGGUUGUACUGCUGUUCCUCUUGGAAGCCAAGAAACCCGUUUGUACAAUAAAACAUGCCUGUGCUUGA